UAACCUACCUAUCAACACCACCCCAUUCCGAGCGGGGACUCCCCUCCUCGACGGCGUUUCCUCUUCCGCCACCCGCCACGUCUAGCGGUUCCCCCCCGAUCGCCGCGGCGUUAUACGCACCGCAAUAAUAAUAAUAAUAAUAUUAUACAGUAAUUAUAUACGUCGCACCGCCGCCGCCGCCGCUCGGCGUUUCAACUUUCUUUUGGAAACGUCCAAAGAGUCUGCGGCGUCCUAUGCGCGAGCACCAGACCUCCACAGUGAUCCGCACGCACCACAUAGGCACACGCACACGGCGCACACACACACACACACGUAAUAUUUUGUCACGCUCAAUCGGUCUUUUAUAGACGCGCGCGCGAUCCACAGCACGUCGCGGCAUAACCGUCGACCAUCGACCAAACACGACUUCGCGUCCGUCGCGACAUCCAUUUCGACGGUUCGAAGAGAGGCGUAUACGCAGCUGUAGCCGACGCGGUCCCGCGAUGCCCAAGUACACAGCCUCAGAAAUGGCUUCGUUCGAAGAAGGUUUCUUAAAUUAUAAGCCACCCGUACUUCCAGAUGAAUUUAGUCAUCUUCCCGAUCGAGUGUCUAAGAGUUUUGUCGGUAAAACUAUUUUUAUUACCGGAGGAUCUGGAUUUCUCGGAAAGGUUUUAGUCGAAAAGCUUCUGAGGAAAUGUCCAGACAUCGAAAGAAUUUAUUUGCUACUUCGAACAAAAAAAGGUAGCAAUCCCAAGCAAAGAGUGGAAACUAUUUUCUCAUCAGUGUUAUUCGACCAUCUGAAGGAACUACGGGGUGUGGAAGUACUGAAUAAAGUGUACCCAAUAGCCGGUGACGUGAGUGAACCAGAUUUAGCCAUCAGCGAGUCGGACCGUCGUUUGUUGGCGGACACCGUGCAGAUCGUUUAUCAUGCGGCGGCUACCAUUCGAUUCGACGAGGCAUUAAAGAAAGCCGUCUUGCUCAACACCAGAGGCACGAAACUGGUAUUGGCACUGGCCAAGGAAAUGAAAAAUUUGCAGGUAUUUGUGCACGUGUCGACUUCGUACUGUCAUUUGGACGAAAAAGUGUUAUUCGAAAAGGCGUAUCCGCCGCCAACCGAUCCGCAUAAAUUAAUCCAAAACAUGGAAAUGUUGGACGAACAUUCUGCAGAAAAUAUGACUAAAGAGAUUCUCGGCAGUUUCCCAAACUCGUAUGCGUUUACGAAAUGUCUUUCUGAACAUUUAGUGGUGGAACAGAGCGAAGCUGGAAUGCCUUGUAUAAUCGCUCGCCCAUCCAUUGUCAUACCGAUAUGGAAAGAGCCUCUCCCCGGAUGGACAGACAACAUCAACGGUCCGACGGGCCUGCUGAUAGGUGCCGGAAAAGGAGUCAUCCGUACAAUGUUCUGCAACAAUCAAGGUUACGCCGAUUAUCUACCGGUCGAUAUUACCGUUAAUGGCAUAUUGCUGUUUACGUGGAAUUAUAUAGACAACAAGUAAGCAAACGAAUAUGACAUCGGCAGAACGAUUUGCCAUUUAACUUCCAGCCAAGAAUGGAGAGUAACAUGGCAAGAGAUUAUUGACAUCGGAAAAAGUAUUGUCACUACUGAAGUACCGUUGAACGGCGCAGUAUGGUAUCCUGGUGGUAGUAUGAAGAGCAGUAAGCUGGUACAUAAUAUAUGUGUAUUUUUUUUGCACACUAUUCCAGCUUACUUUUUAGAUGCUAUUAUUUACAUGUCUGGCAAUAAACCAUGCCUGGUACGCAUUCAAGACAGAAUAAACAAAGGAUUUGAGGUGUUUGAAUACUACGCAAACAACCAAUGGGAGUUCAGAAACGAACACGUCCAUUAUAUGAGAAGAAUUAUGAAUCAACGAGAGAAGUUUGAGUACAAGAUUGAUGGAAACGAUAUGGACAUUAGAAAUUACUUCAGAGAUUGUAUUAUGGCUGCUCGAAUUUAUAUUUUAAAAGAAACUCCAGACACACUGCCUAGAGCUAGAAUUCAUAUGAAAAUAAUGUACUUUGUCGAUAUAAUCGCCAAAAUAUUAUUUUUCGGUUUACUGUUAUGGACUUUAUUCAAAUGGUCUGAUACAAUUAUAGCAAUUGGACUAUUAUUAUUCAACCUAAUACGGUUAUUCUUCAAGUCAAUAUUUUCAACAAUCAAAAGUGACACUACCGUUGGACCGAUAUUGAAUAAAGAGCUUUAAUCAUUUAUCAUACGUUAUUAUUAUUUUGUUUUAACGAUAAUAAACGAUCCUAACUUACAACAUUUUAGUAUUAAAAAAACAUAUAAAAUCAAAACAAUGCAUGUACAUUUACCAUUUUUAAAACUGACAAAUCUAUCAAAUCUCUGUUUAUUUUUAUAAUUAUAUUUUAAAUCUUUUAAAGUGUAUAGAUUACACUACAAUUCAAAAAUGGUUUAUUCGAGAAUCAUUAUAUUGUUUUAGUUAUAUUUUUAAGUUACAAAGUAUUUUAUUAUAUUUUAUAUUUAAAAGAAAAAUAUACACAGAUUUUUAUUUUAUUGCAUUAUUGCAUUAUUGAUGGUUCUAACAGUAUUAUUAGAAAUAUAACAUAAUAAACUCCUUUAUAUAUUUGUUUAAUAAAAGUACCGACCACUUAAGUUUAUAAGUCAAUACGCGACUAUAUUUUGUUACUUUUUUUUUUUAGAAAACAUAUGAAUAAUAUAUAAUUUAUAAUUUUAGUGAACAAUAUAAUUAUGGUAUUAUAAAUAUUAUAAAAUAAAAACAUAAACAACAUCUUCUAUUUAUACAAAUGUAUAAUAUGGAUUUAUUUAUUCUUACAAACAUUUAUUUUAGAUUAUGAUCUGAACAAUACUUAUAUGUUAGUUUUAAAAUGAGCUAUUUAUAGAAGUGUUUGAAUUUUUUUUGAUAAAUGUUGUUGGUUUGAAAUUUUUAGGUAGAUUAAAAAGCACUUUAAAAAUUAUCAUAAGUUGUUUCUACUGGAAUUUAAAAAAAAUGUAAGCAAUUUUACAAAUAUUUUGUAUGAGUUGAUGAAAUUGUAAAUUCAAACAACGAUCCAUUAUUAAUGAAUAUUGUAUUUUAUUGUAAUUACGAAUAACCAUAAACCCUUCAAAUUUUCAUCGAAUGUGUAUAUUAUAAUUUUCUAUUUAUGGAAUUAUUUUACUGUUAGGUAUUAAUUUGUAAGUUAAAAUGUUAACAACAUUUGUCAAAAAUUGUUCAAUUAUUUUUACUUGUUAAAAAUGUAUGAAAUUUUUAAGUUUUAUGGCUAAGGCUCUUCAUCGUCAUACAAAGUUCUUCAUUAGCAGUUUAUUCAACAAGAUAUUAUACACUUAUUAAUUUCUAAAGGAAAGCUUUGAUUGUAUAUGUAUUUGUUUGAUGGCUAUGCUCGCGAAUAAUUUUUAUGGUGGCAAUAAUAUAUUGCCUUAUAUAUUAAUAUAUUCCCUUUAUUAUUCGUGUGAUAAUUUCAUAUAAAAAAUAAACAAUAAAUAGUAUUCAAAAUUAAUCAGAUAAUACAAUAAUGAUUUAAAAUUGUAUUAAUAAUUUAUAUUAUUUAAUCGCUAUUAGGUAUGUGUUUGAUAUAUUUAAUAUUUCAAAAAAAAAAAAAAAAACUUUUUAUAAAUCAGACACAACAAACAAUUUGGUAAAAUAAGUUAGAUAAAAAAUCUAUGUCAAUAAUGUAUAGAAUUAUAUAGGUAAUAACUAAUAAGUCCUCUUAUUUUAGAAAUAUUUAAUAAUAAUAAUAAUAAUAAUGAAUUAUAAGUUAUAAUUUAUUUAGUUUACACAAACUUUUUUAUUCUAGUUAUAAGUUUAAACAUUUUUUUUGUAAAUAGACCAGUUUAAUUUAUGUUUCACGAAACUUCACCUUUUUGUUAUGUAUAUCAUAAGUAACAUCGAUAGAGUUAAUCAUCUUUGCUAGGUACCCGAUUUAUGGCGGUUGUAAAUAAUUGUUACCCUUAUUAAUACAGAAAAAUAUAUUAUAUCAUUUUUAUUAGAA